AUGAAGGCGCAGCUGGACGGCCUGUCGGGGAGCUCGUCCUCCAGCGGCUCUCCGGGCGCGGCGGCGGGCGGGGGCGCGGGCGGGGGCGCGGGCGGGGGCGCGGGCGCGGGCGCGGGCGCGGGCGCGGGGCUGCGGCUGCUGUCGGCCAACGUGCGGCAGCUGCACCGGGCGCUGACGGCGCUGCUGAGCGAGGCGGAGCGCGAGCAGUUCACGCACUGCCUCAACGCCUACCACGCGCGCCGCAACGUGUUCGACCUGGUGCGCACCCUGCGCGUGCUGCUGGACAGCCCGGGCAAGCGGCGCCUGCUGCCGCUGCUGCGCCUGGUCAUCCCGCGCUCCGACCAGCUGCUCUUCGACCAGUACACGGCCGAGGGGCUCUACCUGCCCGCCGCCGCCGCCGCCGCCGCCGCCUCCUCCUCCUGCCGCCCGCCGGCCUGGGGCGGCCCCGACGGCGCGGGGCCCGGGGACGUGCGCCUGGUGAGCCUGCGGCGCGCCAGGGCCCACGAGGGCCUGGGCUUCAGCAUCCGCGGGGGCGCGGAGCACGGCGUGGGCAUCUACGUGUCGCUGGUGGAGCCGGGCUCCCUGGCCGAGAAGGAGGGGCUGCGGGUCGGGGACCAGAUUCUGCGCGUCAACGACAAGUCCCUGGCCCGGGUGACCCACGCCGAGGCGGUCAAGGCUCUGAAGGGCUCUAAGAAGCUGCUGUUGUCCGUGUACUCGGCAGGGCGCAUCCCUGGGGGCUACGUCACCAACCACAUCUACACCUGGGUGGACCCCCAGGGCCGCAGCAUCUCCCCGCCCUCAGGCCUGCCCCAGACCCACGGCAGCACCCUGAGGCAGCGCGAGGGUGACUCCAGGAGCACCCUGCACCUCCUGCAAGGCGGGGACGAGAAGAAGGUGAACCUGGUGCUGGGCGAGGGCCGCUCCCUGGGCCUCACGAUCCGCGGGGGAGCCGAGUACGGCCUGGGCAUUUACGUCACCGGUGUGGACGCGGGCUCAGAAGCAGAGAGCAGUGGGCUCAAGGUUGGGGACCAGAUCCUGGAGGUGAACGGGCGGAGCUUUCUCAACAUCCUGCAUGACGAGGCGGUCAGGCUGCUCAAGUCAUCCCAGCACCUCAUCCUGACGGUGAAGGACGUGGGGAGGCUGCCCCACGCCCGCACCACGGUGGAUGAGACCAAGUGGAUCGCCAGUUCCCGGAUCGAGGACGCCACCGCAAACACGGCAGGGUUCCCUGGGGAUCUUCCCACGGAAGGAACAAGCAAGCUGGGAUUGUGCAAGGGGCCGGCUGGCUCCCAGGUGACCCUGAGCAGCCUGGGCCACCAGACGCGUGUGCUGCUGGAGGAGCAGGCAAGGCACUUGCUGAACCCGCAGGAGCGCGCCACCAUGGCCUACUACCUGGAGGAGUACCGCGGCGGCAGCGUCUCCGUGGAGGCCCUGGUCAUGGCCCUGUUUGAGCUGUUCAACACCAACGCCAAGUUCUCGCUCCUGUCUGAAGUGAGGGGCACCAUCUCCCCCCAAGACCUGGACCGCUUCGACCACCUGGUGCUGAGACGGGAGAUCGAGUCCAUGAAGGCGCGCCAGCCCCCGGGCCCUGGGGCCGGGGACACCUACUCCGUGGUCUCCUACAGCGACACGGGCUCGUCCACAGGCAGCCACGGCACCUCCACCACCGUCAGCUCGGCCAGGGAGCGGCUGCUGUGGCUUAUAGACCUGAUGGAGAACACUCUGGACCUGGAGGAAACUGGUGAGGCUGUCCAGGGCAGUACGAACACCCUCCCAGACGUUUCCCUGGAUGAUGUCAAAGCCGGCUCCGGCUCCGAGGGGCUGCCCGGCUGCAAGCCGCCGCCUCCCCCGCCGCCCCUGGCCCAAGGCCACGGCCGCCCGCCCACCCAGCGGAGGAAGCCAGCGCAAGAGGACGUCCAGCCCCCUUCGUCCGCGUCCUCCCACUCGGGCAUCGUCUUCUCGGCCCCGAGGACCCACAGCCCACUGGCGGGCACCGCACCGGCCCCAGGCGCCCCGGCAGCCCCAGACCCGCCCUCCUCCCCCGUCUAUGCCUCUGUGUCCCCCGCCAACCCCGGCUCCAAGAGGCCGCUGGACGCGCACCUGGCCCUGGUCAACCAGCACCCCAUCGGCCCCUUCCCGCGUGUCCGGUCACCCCCGCACCUGAAGAGCCCCCCUGCAGAGGCCACGCCGGUGGGGGGAUGCCUCCCGCCGCCCUCCCCCUUGAGCCGGCCGGAUGUGACGGGCACGAACCAGCACUUUGUCAUGGUGGAGGUGCACCGGCCCGACAGCGAGCCCGACGUGAACGAAGUGAGGGCGCUGCCGCAGACGCGCGCAGCCUCCACACUGUCCCAGCUCUCGGACAGUGGGCAGACCCUGAGCGAGGACAGCGGUGUGGACGCCGGUGAGGCAGAGGCCAGCGCCCCGGGCCGAGGCAGACAGAUCGCCUCCACCAAGAGCAGGUGUAGCAAGGAGCCACCUCGGAACGAGAGGACUGCAGAGGGGGCCACCAAACCGCCUGGCCUCCUGGAGCCCACGUCCACCGUGGUCCGUGUGAAGAAAAGUGCAGCCACCCUGGGCAUUGCCAUCGAGGGUGGCGCCAACACCCGCCAGCCCCUGCCUCGGAUCGUCACGAUUCAGCGAGGCGGUUCGGCCCACAACUGUGGGCAGCUCAAGGUGGGCCACGUGAUCCUGGAAGUGAACGGGCUGACGCUCCGGGGCAAGGAGCAUCGGGAGGCGGCCCGCAUCAUUGCAGAGGCCUUCAAGACCAAGGAGAGAGACUACAUCGACUUUCUGGUCACGGAGUUCAACGUGAUGCUCUAGAGGCUGAGGCCUGGAGGCCCCCCACUGCUGCCCAGUCCCUGGCCCCGGUCCCUCCUCCCUCCCAGCACUAUAAGCUCCUCAAGGGCCGGGGCUGCGUAGCCAGGGUAGCAGGAAGACAUCCCCCCCACUCUUUCCUGGCACACCGGCCCAGAACCAGGAGAAGAAAGCCGGGUGAGGCACACAGAAGGUCAGGCUGGAGUCCGGUGCCAUGCCCGGGGUACGCAGUAGGCGCUCAGUACAAGCAUGGGUGUCGGGAAGGAGAGAAGGUCCACCGGAGGCCUGCCAGGGCCCGUUACCUGGGUUGGGGAGGGGGCACUGUGUCCCCCUCCCCCGCCAGCUAGGACCUGGCCCAUCCUCAGGUUAUCUGAGCCUUUAUCUGGAGUGAGGUCACAUGAGAAUUCGAGGACACAGCCCCCAGCCAGGGGGGCAUCUUGCAGGACCUUUAGUGCCACAAAUAAGCAUCAAGCAACUCCCCCCUCCAUUCUCACCUCCUCUCCUCCUGGCUCCUUAUCCCCCUAUAGUAUUUAUUAUUUAUUUCCCUCUCCUCACCCCUGGGGACCCCAAGACCCCAGGUUCCCAGCCCUGCCCCCAGCCUAUCCCAGAGGCCUUGCAGGUGACCAGCGAUGUCAGCGUAUUUAUAUACAGAGCUUAUGACUUUAAUUUUUCAAUAAAGAAAUCUGAACAAGGUUGA